GGCUCACCGCGCGGGGGCGGGUCCAAGUGCCGGGCACCAGGGGCUCAGGGCGCCGGCGCAGUAGCGUGAGCUGGCUCCCUGUACCCGGCCGCCGCCGCUGGGGGGAGGCCCAGCUCGCCCCACGUGUGCGCACCCGGCAGGGGACGGAUGACCAUGUGUUUUCGCCCGUGUGGCAGCGGGAGCCCCCCGGAGCAGCCCGCGCGCCGCGGCAGCGUGUGAGCCCCGGAUCCUGCCGCGCCGCGGAGAGACCAGCCUCCCCCCCCCCCCUUCCCGGCUGCUAUGCAGUGGGAUAACGCGGACGCCCCGGGAAAUUCCAACCCUCCCCGCCUUGGUCCCGCUCUCCUCCUCCAUGAGCACCUCUGCGGCAGCCCCGGUGAGGGUGAUGCCCGCCGGGCACCCUGAGCAGGCAGUGGCGGCUCCUGCAGCGAGCGGGGCCGGUGGGGCUCAGCCGGCACCUGCCCUGCUCUGCUCUCAGAGCACGGUGCCCCCUGCUUCUGUCUCCGCUGCUGGCGCUCCCGCGGGGGCCCAAGCAGUUGCCUUGAGCCACGCAGUGACUAAGGUUCCCAUCAGCCUGGUGCCUGCCGUUUCCCAGCAAUCACGGGUGGUGACUGCCCCCGUGGGGACGCUGGUGGCUAAAGUGGCCACUGUCACUGCUGCCCAGCAGCCACCCAAGAACUCUGGUGGGCCUAGGCUGGCAGCUCCGCAGACCGUGGCUCCCAAAGCCCCCCAGACCACUACUAUACAGCUGCCUGCAAACUUCCAGAUCCCACCAGGUACAGUUCUUAUCAGAAGUAACAAUGGUCAACUAAUGUUAGUAUCUCAACAAGCAAUAGCUCGAGCACAGAGCCAGUCACAAAAUAACACAGGUGCAAGACCAUCAAUACCUACCAGCACACCCUCAGUCAGAAUAUGUACUGUACAGAACACUGGCACCCAUUUACUAAAAAAAGUAGUAACUCCUCUGAAAACAGUAUCUCAAGCAACAAAUUCAGUUGCAUCUACUGAUCAAAGACCUGCUAUAGUACAGCCAGCAGCUGCAACUAACAGUGUUACGACAGUUACUGCUGUUAAACCCCCAGACACUGGAACACCUGUAAAGCUUCCAGUUACAGGACCUCCUGCACCAUCUGUCUCCCAAAAGGCAAUCUCUGUCAAAGCAGAGAGCACAACAGUAGCACAGCCCAACACUUCCACAGAAAUGCUAGAGAAUGUGAAGAAAUGCAAGAAUUUUCUUGCAACAUUAAUAAAGCUGGCAUCUAGUGGACCUCAAGCCCCAGAAAUGGGACAGAAUGUGAAGAAUCUGGUACAACAUCUAUUGGAAGCAAAAAUUGAACCAGAAGAAUUUACAAAAAAGUUGUAUGUUGAACUUAAGUCUUCUCCACAACCAUAUCUAGUUCCUUUCCUUAAGAAAAGUAUGAUUGCCUUACGGCAGCUAAUGCCCAAUGCCCAGAGUUUUAUCCAGCAGUGUAUUCAGCAGCAGGCUACAACACAAGCAGCUGUUUCUACCUGUAUCUCUGCAGCACCGACUUUCUCCACAGUAGUGACCACCUCAGCUCUGGCAACAACUUCUCUUCAGCCCAUAAAACCAGUCCCUGCUUCUGCAGUGGUCACAGGCUCUCAGACUGUAAAACCCAUCCCCUCCACAAUGGUGACAGCAGCAGCAGCUUCCAUCCAGACUGUGAAACCAGUGACAGCCCCUCUUCAUCCUGCAAAUCCAGUCCCCACGUCUGCAGUGGCAACAACCUCUCUCCAGGCUGUGAAACCUGUCUUUGCAUCUGCAGUGGCGACCACAACGACAACCCCUCUUCAGCCUGUGAAAUCAGUUAUUGGGACACCUAUCAGUAUUAAAAUUGCCCAGCCCAACUCUGUUGUGGCACAGUCAGUUCAUGCUCAACAGACAGUUAGAGUGAAACAGCUGGUAGUCCAGCAGCCUUCAGGAGGCAUUGUUAAACAAGUGGCCACGCUUCCACAAACAGCAACACUGACUCUCCAGAAACCUGGCGAAAAAAGGAUGCCAUUAAACGCACUAAUUCAGACUAACCAGUUUCCUGCAGGUUCCUUUCUGAAACAAAUUACACUGCCAGGAAACAAAAUUCUGUCGCUUCAAGCAUCUCCUGUUCAGAAAAAUAAAAUAAAAGAGAAUGGAACAACAUCCUUCAGAGACGAAGAUGACAUCAAUGAUGUGACUUCUAUGGCUGGGGUAAACCUAAGUGAAGAGAAUGCAUGCAUCUUGGCAACAAAUUCUGAAGUGGUCGGUACACUGAUCCGAUCUUGUGCAGAUGAACCAUUUCUCUCCUCAGAGGCUUUGCAAAAGAAGAUCUUAGACAUAGGUAAAAGGCAUGACAUUAUUGAACCUAACUCUGAUGUUGUGAACUUGAUCUCCCAUGCUACGCAGGAGAGAUUACGAGGGCUCCUAGAAAAACUAACUGUAAUUGCUCAGCAUCGAAUGACAACCCAUAAGGAGAGUAAUAAGUAUAUCAUAUCUAGUGACACCAGAGCACAACUUAGAUUUCUUGAGAAACUGGAUCACAUGGAAAAACAGAGAAAGGAUGAAGAGGAACGAGAAAUGCUUUUACGAGCAGCCAAGAGUCGUUCCAAUAAAGAAGAUCCAGAACAGCUGCGAUUAAAGCAGAAAGCAAAAGAGAUGCAACAGUUGGAGCUGGCACAGAUGCAACAAAGAGAAGCCAAUCUCACAGCUUUGGCAGCAAUUGGGCCAAGGAAAAAAAGACCACUUGAUUCACCAAACCUUGGAUCUGGGCUUGAGGGCUUGAAUGGCAGUGCAGUUGCUUCUGGAUCAUCUGGUUUUAGUCUUACAAAACAGUUGUUUCGUCCAAGAAUAACACGCGUCUGUCUCAGGGACUUGAUAUUCUGCAUGGAACAAGAGAGGGAGAUGAAGCGUUCUCUAGUUUUGUACCGUGCUCUUCUCAAGUGAUGAUUCAAAUCUUGCAUUUCAUUUCUUGCUGUCUACUGCCAAAGAAAACACUGAAGCAUUGUUGCACUGUCCUGAAAUUCAAUUUGUGGGAAAUAAUCCGUUAUAAGGAUAACUUUUGUUUACAGAUACACAUUUGUAUUAAAUACCUAAUUUAGCACCUGGAGCGUUUUUUUAAAAUAAAUCAAAUUCGAGUUAAACCAAUCUGUAAAACAGUGAAGACAACGAGCACACAAGUACUCAGCCCACCUGCAUGCAUUUAACUCUUGCAGACUAAAGACUUAAGAUGUGUACCAAGUUAUUUACGUCACUUGCUUCAGUACUCCAAAGCCUUCCUCCAAUCCAACCUUAUUUGAGGAAAAACAAAUUUCAAGGCACUACAUAGCCUGGUGAAUGUAUCUAAUCAUGAGCCAGCAAUCAAUCAUCAUACCUACCUGACUCGGCAUCUCUUUACAUUUCCUAGUUUUGGAAUUAGUUGCUGUAACUAUUUCUAAAAGCCAAUUCUCAAGGAAUGAUGGAGCAAGCAAUGAUGGGAUGUGUGAAGUAAGCUCACUUUUCCUUAUUGCCUCCAAAGGAAGACUCAACCAAGAGGAAUGUGAGUAUAAAUGCACAAGCUCCUGUCACGAGGUUCACAUCCUAUGGUUUGGGUAGUGUGAGCUUCAGUGUUGAGGAAACCUGGAGCUAGCUAGUGAAAGACCAGAAUGAGAAAAGAAGCCUAAAAAGGAAUGGGGAAACUAGAUUUGGUAGAUUUUUCCUUUGCUAGUCAUCUAAACUAGCAGUAAGUUCAAUUAAACCUUGCACAAAAAAAUUGAAGAGUCAAAAGCAGCCUGCACUGGCUUUCUGCAGAAAAGGCUAUUUAAAAUGUUAAACAUUCUUAGAUUAUACAGUCAGAAAAUAGUCCCUUUUUAAAGAGGGAGAGUAGCAUUUGCAAGGUGCAAAGCUUUCAUUGCUUUAUUGAGAAUGUAAAUUUAACUGAUGUGCAGGUGCUACAGCAAAGAUGUGCAGAAUAUAUUAAUUAGUGAUCAGGGGAUUGUCUCAAAAAUGUAAACUAAAUGGUUUAACCAGUUGUGUAAUUCCCAUUCAGUGAAGGUGACUCCAGUUUCUUAGUACUGUUGGAAUAGUUUUUCUGCAUUUGAUGAUCCAGUGAAAGCUGCCUUGUUGGAGAAGGGAAAAUCCCUUCCUCCUACUGCAUCACAUACCCCAUGACACAGCACUGUGUAGCAUGGCUGUCUGACACAACUAGCAGGGAAGGCAAGAGCUGUGUAUUGAAUGCCUUCCUGCUGAAAUUUAAGGAAAAGGCUUCCUACAGUUAUUUGGCAUGCUCAAGUGAAAAAAAAUGAAUAUUUUUUCACCAUAUGCUCGAUCACUAGGACCACUGCAGACCCUUACCAAAUAUGUUUCGAAUCAGUCAUGUUUUUGUGUUGGGACAAUAGUAAACAGUUAGUAAAUUGCUGUAAAUUAUUUGUGUACAUAUAGCGUAUAUAUAAAAAGCAGUACUUUUGACAAUGAAGCUGUAGUUUGCAAGAUAUUGGUGGCAUCAGGCAAAAUUGUUUUGUAUAAUUAAAUGCUUAGCUUUACUUUUUACGUAAAGUGCAGCAUUUUUCCAUAUUUGUGUAUUGUAUCUUAUUGACCAGAUGUUUAAAAUUAUUUUAAAUACUGCAUUAAAGCAAUUAUUUUAUUAAAAAUAAUAGUGGGUAACUUUACUC